AUGUCUAAUUUAAAAUCAUGUUUCCAGGGUAUACUCUCAAAGGAUCCGGGUGUUUUUUUCACAAUAAGUCGAGCAAAUGAGGAUAGUACUUUUUCGCCUGUAUACAGAAGUGAAAAGCAGUUUACUUCUAGCCCUUUAUUCGAUCAGUUUAACAUUCCAUUGACUAAUCUUUGCAACAGUGAUCCCGACCGUGCACUUGAGAUACGAAUAUUGCAAUACAAGAAGAGCGGGGACCACCUUCUGCUUGGCAGAACCUCUCUGAAUCUACGCGAGAUACUUGAGGGUCGCACAUAUCCGUUAACUACUCCUUCAUCAAGACUUUCAAUCGCGUCCAGACCAAAGAAGGCUCACAUUCAGGUCAUGCAGAAAGCUAUUGAAACGCCUGCGUCAUUUCUAGACUAUAUUGUGGGCGGUACAGAGAUUCAUCUUGUUGUUGCGAUUGAUUUCACUGUAUCGAACGGAGAUCCGCAUAAAGAGAACAGUCUACAUUAUAUGGAUGGAGAUAAAAUGAACGAUUAUCAAAAGGCUAUUUGGAAUGUUGGGAGCAUCUUGCAGCAAUACGAUAGGAACAAAAAAUUUGCGGUCUAUGGAUUUGGAGCAAAAUUCAAUCACGUCUUAUCUCAUGCGUAUCCCCUUAAUAAUGAUUUUGGAAAUCCAGAGGUUGAUGGUGUUGAAGGCAUAUUGGAGGCUUAUACACGCGAAAUACGGAAAGUCGAGUUGUAUGGACCAACCAACUUUUCACCCAUAAUAAAUCAGACUGCCGAAAGAAUUCAGGAAAAGAUCCGGGCUGGAUAUGAUAAUAUUUAUUAUAUGCUAUUAAUUAUAACGGAUGGAGUAAUUACAGAUUUAGAAUCGACGAAGAGAGCAAUAAUCAGAGCGUGUACUCUCCCAUUAUCAAUAGUUAUAGUGGGAGUAGGCGAUGCCGACUUUACAAAUAUGAAAGUCCUCGAUGCUGAUUAUGAAAAAUUAGAGGUACAAGGCGUAACAAUGGAACGAGAUAUCGUACAAUUCGUAGCGUUUAGCGAAUGCAAAUCAGAGUUACAAUUAACGAAAGAAGUAUUAGAAGAGAUACCCAGUCAAUUCAUGGGUUAUAUGCGUGCUCAUAAAAUCUUACCCCGAAAUCCCGUGAGAAUGAUGACGGCAGAUUUGCUAGCUAGUGGCUCGCAACCGCCAGCCGGCCCACCUCCUGCUUAUUCACGAGAGUAG